AUGACCGAGACGGUGGAUUCUUCUGAUGAGGUUUCAUCUUAACUCAUAUUAUUUACAUGAACAUUUUCAGUCACGAUGGCACAGUGACCGCGAGGACAUGCUGAUGAUGGUGAUGGUGGUUUUGCUCAUGUUACUUUCGGUAGUCAUCUGGGUUGCAUUUUGCGUCGCGGUCCGCAAAACAGCGCGAAAGUUUAUUGAGCUGAAACGGGCACGUCGUAGACAGGUAUCGCUUUUGUUUAUAGUUCACUCACUUUUCGUUUUUGUUUUGACUCAUAAAUUUUGAAAAACCGACUUUAACUAUGUUCUCAAAAGCUUAUUUAUUCAGAAAAGUGCAAUUAACUUUGUAAAAAAAAUCGAAAAAAAUUACGCUUUUUAAAUUUUUUUCUAUUUUUUUCCUCUGGUAAUAAAAUAAUAAACAAAAAAAUUCAAUGAACUAAGGUGUGAUCUUAAAAUUAAUCAUUAUCUCUUCCCCUUUUAUCGAUUUCAAUAACCAAGAAUUGCUUUCAUGCGCUAAUAGCGGCGGCAAUCAAUCGUGUAGCAUCGGGUAAUGAAAACGACAGGAAUGCACUACCAAUCUACAUAGCCACGUUGGCACAAGAACUCAACGUUUGUUUCAUUGUUUGUUUGCCAUUUCAAACGAUAUAUUAAGAUUUACGAGGCUCGGGAAGAAGAGCUACCAUCGUACGAACAAGCGUUGAGUAUGAGCUGCACUCCGAGUCCUAAUCCUGUGCCGACCUCAACUGCGCGGUGAUUCAUUUUUCUCUUAUCUAUAAUGACCAGCUUUCCCUACUCCUGCUAUUUAAAUCAACUAGCUUAACGAAUAACAAUAAACAUAAAAAAACGAAGAAUAUCCCAAGCUGAGUUUUUGAUAAUAAUUCACUCGUCGCGAUUCUGAACAGUGUGGCAUAUUUGUUUUAAAUGUUUUCUUAUUGAGAAAAAAUGAGGAAGAAGAGCCCAGACAAGUCAUAACGUUCCAUUCAUAGGAAUCCAUCUAUAAAAAAGUAUCUGUCUUUAAAUUGCCGAUUAUUGAUUUGAAGUAAAAUUCGAAAAUCUAUCCGCCAUGAAAAGCUUAAAAAAUUUCAUAAAACAAGAUAAACUAAUUCGAAGAUUGAAAAAAAAAAGUAGAAAAACUACAUUUUUCUUUUUACUCAAAAACUGACGCAUUUAACGUGUUUAGCUUGCCGCCAUACAAGCCUCGAUCCCGAAAGAAUGACCGAGUACUGAGGUAUGACGUACCGUUUUGCGUACUCAACAAUGCUCACUUCUUUUUUUCGUUGCAUGGAAUUAUUCGAAAAAAAAUAUAUAUCUUGUCUGGUCGCAAAAGUGUUGUCAUUUUACAUCAGGAACUGGGAUUUCACCAAACCUCAUUAACAUUUGACACUUAAUUUGCCUAGACUCAAAACUUCUUGGAAUGGCUUUCAACUUUUCAGAUGCGUUUAGGGCGUUAGAAAAUAAAUUUCAGCUGCACCUGACCUAAUUUCUUUCAUUAUACAAUGAGCUUGAAAGACUUACUGGAUCCUAUGCAGUAAAAAAACUCAUGAAACCAAAUUUGGAAAAUUGAAUGCCCUUAUAUUACAAAUCUUUUACAGAAGCUAGUUUUAAUCACUUGGAUACAUUUUUCAAGUAUUGCACUUGCUUUGCAUGCUUCACCCUUUUAUCGGUUCAUCAACAGUAUCUCAACUUUCUGUUUCAAACAAAGGCUUUCAUAAUAAACUCUCAUUUCUUAUCUACAGAAUCGCUCCCGAUAGACCAGGAUCAGUGCCAACCAUCGUGCUGCCUCCGAGCUACGAGAGUUCAGUACGCAACGAAUCAAGUACGAGUUCGGCUGGCCCAAACAAUCCUCAAAGGCCCAACUCUAGUCCAAUCUAUACAAUUUCUGGCUCCGUUCAGACAACAGAGUGCUAA